AUGUCUGCCGCGCAGCUUCUCAACCCAAAGGCCGAGUCCCGCGUCGCUAACUGCCAGCAGAGGAGGGGCGAAGCUCUAAAGGUCAACAUCAGUGCGGGCGAGGGUCUCCAGGAUGUCCUCAGGUCCAACCUGGGCCCUCUGGGCACAAUCAAGAUGUACGUUGCACCGUGCGAACAAUUUAAUUGUCAACAUGCUGACCGACUCUUUCUUAGGCUUGUCGACGGCGCCGGCCAGAUCAAGCUCACAAAGGAUGGCAACAUUCUUCUCCGCGAAAUGCAAAUACAGAACCCGACCGCGGUCAUGAUUGCCCGCGCUGCCACCGCGCAAGACGAUAUUUGCGGUGACGGCACCACCUCUGUCGUUUUGCUCGUUGGUGAGCUGCUGAAGCAGGCCGAACGCUUCAUCUCCGAGGGUCUGCACCCCCGUGUCAUCACUGACGGCUUCGAAAUUGCCAAGGUUGAGGCUCUCAAGUUUCUCGACAAAUUCAAGCUCCCCAAAGAUAUCGACAGAGAACUCCUGCUCAGCGUCGCCCGCACAUCGCUGUCCACAAAGCUCAAUGCGACUUUGGCUGCGAAGCUUACUCCCGACAUUGUCGACGCUGUUCUCGCCAUCUACGAGGAGGGCGUCAAGCCCGACCUGCACAUGAUUGAGAUUAUGAAGAUGCAGCACCGCAUGGCUGCUGAUACCCAACUGAUCAAGGGUCUCGCCCUCGACCACGGUGCUCGACACCCUGACAUGCCUAAGCGCCUGGAAAAUUGCUUUAUCCUGACCCUCAACGUCAGCCUUGAAUAUGAAAAGACGGAAAUCAACUCUAGUUUCUUCUACUCGAGCGCCGAGCAGCGUGACAAGCUUGUUGAGAGCGAGAGACGCUUUGUCGAUGCCAAGCUCAAGAAAAUUGUUGAGCUGAAGAAGGAGGUUUGCGGAAACGACAGCAAGAAGAACUUUGUCGUUAUCAACCAGAAGGGUAUCGAUCCCCUGUCGCUCGAUGUCCUGGCCAAGAACGGUAUCCUGGCCCUGCGCCGUGCUAAGCGUCGCAACAUGGAGCGCCUGCAACUCGUCUGCGGCGGUGUUGCGCAGAAUAGUGUCGAAGAUAUGAAUGAGGAGUGCCUUGGGUGGGCUGGUCUCGUCUACGAGCAGGCUCUCGCAGAAGAAAAGUACACCUUUGUAGAGGAGGUCAAGGAGCCCAAGUCUGUUACCCUGCUCAUCAAGGGCCCCAACCAGCACACCAUCGCUCAGGUCAACGAUGCUGUCCGUGACGGUCUGCGCAGUGUAUACAACACCAUUGUCGACAAGAGUGUUGUUCCUGGUGCCGGUGCUUUCCAGGUUGCCUGUGCCACUCACCUGCGAAGCGACGCUUUCGCCAAGACGAUCAAGGGCAAGGCCAAGUUUGGUGUCGAGGCUUUUGCCAACGCUCUCCUCAUCAUUCCCAAGACCCUGGCUGCCAAUGCCGGGCAUGACGUGCAAGAUGCCAUCGCGACUCUUCAAGACGGCGUCAACGACGGUGAAGUCGUUGGUCUGAACCUGGAGACUGGCGAGCCCAUGGACCCUGAGCUCGAGGGCGUCUUUGACUCGUUCCGCGUUCUCCGCAACUGCGUAGCCUCCAGCGCAAGCAUUGCCUCAAAUCUGCUGUUGUGCGAUGAGAUGCUCAAGGCCCGCCAGAUGAACAGACCAACCGGCCCUGGCCCUGCGGAUGGCGGUGAUGAUGGCAUGUAA